CUAGGACUACUGGGGUAUCUAAUCCCAUUCGCUCCCCUAGCUUUCGUCUCUCAGUGUCAGUAUCGGCCCAGCAGAGUGCUUUCGCCUUGGGCGUUCUUUCCGAUAUCUACGCAUUUCACCGCUCCACCGGAAAYUCCCUCUGCCUCUACCGGACUCCAGCUUAGUAGUUUCUGCUGCCUGUCUAGGGUUAAGCCCUAGUUUUUAACAGCAGACUGAAAAAGCCACCUACAAACGCUUUACGCCCAAUCAUUCUGGAUAACGCUUGCAUCCUCUGUCUUACCGCGGCUGCUGGCACAGAGUUAGCCGAUGCUUAUUCUUCAGAUACCGUCAUGAUUUCGUCUCUGAAAAAAGGAGUUUACGACCCGUAGGCCUUCUACCUCCACACUAUGCCUAUGACGCAUUUUGUACCGACUAUGAAUGAGUUACACGCUCGACGGGACCUCGCUCUUGAGAGGAGGGUACACUACCCCCACUGGGGCCUUCCAGAUGCAGCGCCCAACAAGGUGUUGAAGACGGUGUCCACCAUAGCCAGGGGUCAUGCUCACGGGCACGGCCGAUCUCGGCCGAGCGAUCUUCCAGAUCGGGCGGUCGAAAUCGACCGCGCCCCUUCAAAAAGGGCAGCUCCAAAAGGAGCUAGCCCGACGAUUUUGAGAAUCGUGAAUGAGUUCAGCGGUGCAGGAGUAGAGAGUCUGCUCGGUGCCGAGCAGACCAAUCGAAGAAUCUCCCUCCGUCCGUCCAUCCUACCAUUUUAUCAGUUGUUUAUUGGAAGCGGAGGACGUGGUUGCAGCAGCAUGGCCAGCGGGAGCAGGGCAGGGGGUGCGGUUGGUGGAGAAGGGAGCCGGAGGCAGCUGGAAAGAGGAGGGGGUAGAGGGAAGGACAUUGCGAGCUUGAGCGCACCUUCGUCGGGGGUGGUUGACAAAGUCCCGACGCCGGCUACGGACCCAUCCUUGUUCAUCCCACAACCGGAGGGAAGGCAAACGAAGCUGCAGGGCGAGAGGGAGGUGUGGAAGCACGUGGAGAAAGGUCAGGAGGUUGUGCCGAAGGGGCGGGGAGAGUAUUGGCUGCGGUGUCGGCUAUGCUCGACCGUUUACAGGGGCACGAGCACAAGAGCCGUUGAGCAUUUCCUCAAAUUGCAGAAGCCUUGCCCUUUCAGGACAGGCGAGAUAUUGCACAAGCUGGUGGCCCAAGGCGCGAAGGUGCUGCCGAAGGACAAGAAGACACAAUACCUUCUGCAAAAUUACCGGCAGCUUCACAACAUUUCGGCGGGGGGGGCUGCAAAGACGACGAGAGUGCGGUUGUACCUCGCGGUUAUGAGGAACCACAACCGCCGGUUGCUGCUGGGAGGGAGCCCGUGGAGGAGCUGGUGCAGCGGGGAAAAGAAACUGCAGCGGCACAGGCGGUGGGAGAAGAUGACCGCAGGUGAAGUUGCCGUCUUCAAAGCACAUUCGGACUGUCAUGCUCGAGUUCAUUUUCAUGCGCAUUUGACAAAAUGUUGGGAUGUCACCGGCUGCACUUUCAUCACGGACGGGUCUAACGAUCGGAGGGAGCGGCCUGUCAUGAACUUCUUAGCGGCGGGGGAGCAGGGAGCUGUUCUAGUGGCGACGGUGUACAUGGACGACAAGAAGAAGACGGGAGCAGCGUUGGCAAGACUAUGGGAGAAAAUAAUGAGGGAGAUCGGGCAGCAACGCAUCAACGCGAUUUGCACUGACAACGCGGAGGUGAACAAGAGGGCAGCUCAAAUUUUGGAACGACACACGGACCUUGCGGUUUCAAGGAUACCUUGGGUUCCCUGUGCUGCACACUGCAGCAGCUUGCUGCUAAGGGACAUCAGCAAGUUGGAGUGGGUGAAGGGCACGGUGAAGCGGGGCCACACCAUCGUCAAAUUUAUCAGGAAUCACCACACAACUAACAGUUUCAUGAUGAGUUUGGACUCGUCAUUGACGUUGUCGCGACCAACUGAGGUCCGUUUCGGGUCGGUGUACCGGAUGCUGGAGCGGAUACACAACCGGAGGGCAGUUUUGAAGGACAUGGUGGACGCGACGAAUGUGGGGAAAUGGAAGGCGAUGCGGUGGUCGAACGCGAAACUGCAAGCGAAAGCGGAUCUCGUGUACUUCACAAUGCGGAGGGAUGCUUGGUGGACGGAGCUAAGGAAGGUGGCGGAGAUGAUGGAGUCGUUGUAUCUCCUACCGCGGAGGAUGGACAAGGACAAGACUGCACCGUCAAACCUUGUGGAGUACGACCGACUCAUGGAGAGGACGCUGGCGGAGGUUGUGUUGACACCGGAGCAACAAAGUUCUGUGCUAGAGAAGAGGCAAAUUGGCGGACGCUGGAAGUCAAAGGCGCACGUGGAUAUAAUGAAAGAUCUACGCGAGUUUCACAAGCGACCCACCGCAUACGACCCCAAGUGGAAGGACAAGAAGAUGUGGGAAGAGGAUGAGGUCGAGGAUGUUGAUACUAUCUCGCUGUUGGAGUGGUGGGCAACACAUGGCGGUGAUGCGCCGAAGUUGCAGGCCAUUGCUAUCAAAGUGAUGGGCAUGUGGAGCACGGCAACUCCGGCGGAGCGUAAUUGGUCCUCGAUGGACCUGGUGCACUCCAAGCGACGGAAUCGGUUGAAGCCCGCGACCGUGGAGAAGCUUGUGUACAUUCAUUGGAACAUGAAUCUGUUGCGGGCGAGCAAGAACUUAAAGGACCAUCACUACGUCGAUUUGUGGGCGGAGUUCUUCGAGUCUCUUCCGGAUGCGGAGGAGGGCGAUGAUCCUCUCUUGGAGGUGUCCGAGGAGGAGAAGGGGAAAACGGAGGAGGAGCAGGCGCGUGAAUGGGCCUUAACCAAGUUACCAAAGGCCCGGAUUCCGAAGAACCUCGAAGAAGAUGAAGAGGAGCGCACGGACGACAGCGACUUGGAGGACGAGAUAUGGAAGGGAAAGGCUCAAUGGUCUGAAACGUCUAGCGAAGGGGAGGCAGAAGACGGGUCCGACGAUGACUUUGAGUUGGGAGCGCAACCCUCAAUCCUGGACACCACAUAUGACCCAAACAACAUAAUGUUCCUGAAGAAUAGAGGGCUUUGCCAUCGGAAUCGUCGAGAAUUUGAAUUGGCAUUGGCUGACUUUGAUAGGGUGCUAGUGCAGAAGCCUCGGGACUUCUCCACGCUUAGCAAUCGCGGAUAUGUGCACAGGAAGAUUGGUAAUUACCAGCAAGCAAUUGAGGAGGACAUCCAUAGCCUUGACGACUCGGUGAAGAACCAGCAACGGUCGUUGGAUCAGGUCAACAGCCGCCUCCAGCAGCUGGAGCAACGACCCGUUGCCGCCCCCGUCGCCAGCUCCUCCAACACUUCUAACCGCCUCGACGCAUUGGAAGUUGACGUCGGUGCACUCAAGGACGACGUGCAGCUACAGCAAACCGCAACUGAACAACUUGAGCAGCGGAUCUGCACUGCCGCCACUCACUCGAGCACGUCACAAUGCGAAUCGACUCCGAAGUUCGACGGUCAGGAGAUCUUCUGCGACGCGACGAAGACCGACCCGAUUCCGUGGUUCCGCCAGUUCGAGCUCAAGUUGCAGCUGCACCAUGUCAGUGAAGCGAAGCACCACGCGUACGUAUACUCCCGAUUGGGGGGCGCGUGCCAAGUGUGGAUGGACAACCUCUUGUAUAAGUACGGCGUGGUGGCGGCCGACUUGCAUACCAAGAUCAGCUGGGAUGAUCUAAAGGCAGCGUGGCAUAAGCGGCACGAUGCCGAGUGGCGAUUGGAUGCCGAGUUCCAACGCUUGACAUCUAUACCAGACGUCCCGAUGGGCUUCAUGGUCGUCAAAGACUACUUCAUUUCGAGGUCGUGUCCAGCGCUGGGAAACGCCUUGACUCAAGUUGCGGACACGCUCACUACAACAGCGGAGCUCUUCGACAAGGACGCGCAGAUUAUUGUCACGAACGUGGAGGCCAAGAACCUCAACCGUUCUUCUGCGGUAGGCUCGAGCAGAGAACAGCAUCGGUCGAAAGUGGUCGUGGUCGCGGCGACAAUGCCAACCGACCCUUCAAGCGAGGCCGUGUCUGCCAAUGAAGGGGACAGACUCGCAGCCGCCCGGGAUAGUGGCCGCCCCGACAGAGGCCGAGGACGCGGCAAAAGGAAGACAAACACCACAUCAAACACUGGGCCUGGCGCAGCAGCUCAAGCUCCAUGGAACCACUACGGUCUCUCGGAACACGGUACUCAUGCUCAAGGACAAAACGUGUGUGCGGCAUCUUGUCCGUCCGGCAGCGGGGACUUAUCGUCUUCACGGGAUUUGGCGCACGAGUUCAACAUAGAGGCCUUGGACCCGCUGACGUCCGAGGAUUUCGCAUGGCUUCUUCUCCCGACCACUGGCCGCUUAUCGGGACCGCAAUGCGCAACACUAUGUGCUCAUCUUCACACGUAUCUAUCCUUCUAUGCACCACCAACUUCGCCGAUGGAUGACGAAGUUGCGGUGGGGGACAUCCUUGCGUAUGUUACGAAGGUGGCCCGCGAGUUUCGCAAGCAGCGGUAUGAUGACAACAACACACCGCUCCUCUAUGUCUGCAUCCAAGUUGGGCAAGUCUCCUGCAACGCUUUGCUGGAUAGCGGCGCGUCUCACAAUUUCAUGAGCCAAGCCCUUAUGCAAAGGGCUGGCCUUGGCGCACAAGUUCGGAGGAAGGCAAACCCGACGACGAUCAAGUUGGUAGACGGAAAGACGCAACAACUUCCCGACCGCUAUAUCGAAGCCGUCCCGGUGUACUUCGCACCUCAUGCAUGCGAACCGGUGACGUUCGACAUUUUGGACAAGGACUUCGAUAUUAUUUUGGGAAUGCCUUGGCUUGCCAGUGCGGAUCACACGGUCAACUUCCACUGAAGGACUCCUACCUUUCGGGAUGCCUUCGGCGCCGAAGUGCCGUGUACUAUUCCUCUUCCGCACCCUUCG